GCACGCGGUGGCGGUGCUGGGGCGGGCGGUGCUGUGCGCUCUGCUCCGCUCCGUCCUCUGCCUGCGGAGCUGCUUGGCCCGGCGCUGCGGGACCGUGCGGCCCCUCGGCUCUCGGCAGCUUCUCGGAGCUCCGGUGUGCGGCAGCGGAGGCCGUGCUGAAUGUUUGGCUUUGGGCUGAACUCCUCUAACCUAACCUGAUGUCUGUGUGACUAAUCCAUCUGCUUCCUAACCCACCUGGCCGACUCUCCAAACUACCUUGAGCAUAAGGUAGAGGAGUGGGAGAAAGGUGGAAGUUUCUUUUUAGAAGAAUGAAGACGAAAAAAGGAGCGAGAUUUAAGUCAUCCUUUAAAUUGAGACAGAAAGGCAUUAAAGUAAUUGGAAAAUGGAAAACUGUGGAAAUAGACCCCAAUCUAUUUGCUGAUGAAGAGUUUGAAGAUAUAGUAUGCUUGGAGGAACUUACAGAUUACAAACUAGUAAGUUCUUCUAAAGUGGGAAAUGUAGAAGAGAAGAAGAGAAAGGCUAACAGUAUAUCAGAAGGCAGCAAUGAGGAGAGCGAAGUGUCUGUUGUCCCUCCCAAAAAGAAAAAGAAAAACAAAAAAUUGAAAAGCAAUACAGAUGAAAGCAGUAAUCAUAAUGCAGCAGAUAUUGAUGUGCUGGCUGGUAAAGAGGCAAAGUGCAAGAAAACAGUCGAAGUGGCAAGUUGUGAGGACCAUGGACCCGUGUCUGAGAGUAAUUCAAGUGUAAAAGAUGCUCAAAAGAAAAAGAAGGUACCUAAAAAUAAGGUUUCUCAGGCUCAGGAUGUUCUUCCAUUGGUAUCUGCUUCUAAAAAGGUUAAAAACUGGACAACAGAAGUUUUGUCUGCCUCAACUGAUCACAAGGCUGAUGUGUCUGCAUGGAAAGACCUGUUUGUACCUGAACCAGUAUUGCAGGCCUUGAGCUACUUGGGAUUUAGUGCUCCAACUCCUAUUCAAGCCUUAGCCUUGCCUCCUGCCAUCCGGGAUAACAUGGAUGUCCUUGGUGCAGCAGAAACAGGAAGUGGCAAAACGCUUGCAUUUGCAAUUCCAAUGAUUCACUCUGUGCUGCAGUGGCAAAAAUCAAAUAGCUCAACAGCCAGAAAUGACAGUGCUUCUAAAGAGUCCCAUCAACAGCAUGAUGAAACAAGAUGGGAAAAUGAGGAUGAAGCAGAAAACUUAACCUAUCAGCAGGCUGAAGACUCUGGAGGUGAAGAUGAUGCAUCUUUCACAACAGGGUGUGUGAAGGUGCUGGAAAAUCCCAAAUUUGAUUCUGGUGAUGAGACACUUAGUGCUGCCUCCAGUAAAAAAAGGCCUCUUUUAGGACUGGUUCUUACUCCUACAAGAGAAUUAGCUGUACAAGUAAAACACCACAUUGAUGCAGUUGCAAAGUUUACAGGCAUUAAGACUGCAAUUCUAGUAGGAGGCAUGGCUGCACAGAAGCAGGAACGUGUGCUGAAUCGAAAGCCAGAAAUUGUAAUUGCAACCCCAGGCCGUCUGUGGGAGUUGGUUAAAGAGAGACACCCACAUCUUUUAAAUCUUCGGCAGCUCAGAUGCCUUGUGAUUGAUGAAGCAGACCGAAUGGUUGAAAAAGGUCACUUCUUAGAGCUGUCUCAGUUGCUGGAAAUCUUAAAUGAUUCACAAUAUAACCCUCAACGACAGACUUUUGUUUUCUCUGCCACUUUGACUUUAGUUCAUCAGACUCCCACAAGACUUCUGCAGAAGAAGAAUGCUAAAAAGAUUGACAAGAAGACCAAACUGGAAUUGUUAAUGGAAAAAGUAGGAAUAAAGGCCAAACCCAAAGUAAUAGACUUAACAAGGAAAGAGGCUACUGUUGAGACUCUUACAGAAACGAGAAUCCAUUGUAAUACAGAUGAGAAGGACUACUACCUCUAUUACUUUCUUCUCCAGUAUCCAGGAAGAACCAUGGUCUUUGCAAACAGCAUAGACUGUGUGAAACGUCUCAGUUCUCUCCUCACAAUCCUAAAUUGUGACCCUCUUCCUUUGCAUGCCAACAUGCACCAGAAGCAAAGGCUGAAAAACCUGGAAAGGUUUGCUGAGCGAGAGAGCUGUGUCCUUCUGACAACAGAUGUUGCAGCUCGUGGUCUUGAUAUUCCCAAUGUGCAGCAUGUUAUCCAUUACCAGGUCCCCCGUACUUCUGAGCUGUAUGUACACAGAAGCGGCAGAACAGCACGAGCUGCCAGUGAAGGCCUCAGCCUGUUACUGAUUGGCCCUGAUGAUUUGCUCAACUUCAGGAAAAUCAAUAAAACAUUGGAGAAGAGUGAAGAGUUGCCAUUUUUCCCAGUCGAAAACACCUGCAUGACUUCUAUCAAGGAGCGAGUGAAUUUGGCACGGCAAAUCGAGAAGGUAGAAUACUUCAACAGUCGUGCAAAGCAACACAAUUCCUGGCUCCAGCAAGCUGCAGAUGCUCUCGAGAUUGACCUUGAUGAUAACAUGCUUAUGGGAAAGAGAAGUAGUGAGCAAGAAGAAAGCCAGAAGCAGAAGAUGCUGAAGGGGAUGAAAAAACAGCUAAAAUGUAUGUUGUCCCAGCCACUGUUUAAAGUCCUCAUGAAAACCAAGUACCCAACACAGUCUGGAAAACUACUGCCUCAGAUAGCAGUGGAUAUUUCAGAGUCUGCUCUGGGUACUGUGUCCAAACACCAAGCCAAGAAGAAAAAAAUGAAAAAGUAGAUAACCGAGCAAGAUUGCUCAGUGCAAUGGAAACAAGGACAAUCCUUAUCAAGGCUGUCAGUACUUAAGGAAGAACUCAGCAAGAAGACAUGUAGUAUCAGAGAAUCUCACCUAUGCCUUGGUUGUGCAGACACAAAGCAAAAUCUUCAUUUAAAGGAUUCUAUUAACAUGCAGUUCGUUACUGUUGACUCUUGUCUUGGAUCUUGUUUUCUUAUGUGUGGUGGGGUUUUUUUUUGUCUUAUGCUCUAUAUUAAUUGAAGUUAAUUAGUUUUGAGUUCUGUGUAUUACUGCAUUUUGUGAGAUGGGUAAAAUUCACUGUGGAUAUAACAACAAUGAUAAAAACUUGAUUUGUAUAUUACUCUCCUUAAAGGAAAGGGGGAGGUAGGCUAUAUGCAGUCUGUGUACAAUCUGAGCUGGUGGUAAUGGGAGAAGGUUUGGCUUUUACUGCAGUCAGUUCAGUGGUAAAGGCAUACAGGUUGUAUUAUCAGCAGGUCUACAAUUCUGCGUAUGGAAAUCUCACAAAUAUCUUUCUCCUGUUCCCCACUGUGUCUAAUUCCCUUGUGUUAAUAUGCUUUAGAAUGUACCAAAAAAAGUCAAGGUAGCAGUGAGCCAGGACACUGGGAGAUGUGCAGAAUUUUGAAGGGUGAGUCUUGGUACUCAUUGUUUUAUUAAUAAAUAUUUGGAGUUUGUAUUCAAAAA